AUGAAUCCCGCCCCUCAGAAUCUGAAUCUCGUGAAGACCGGAAUGAGUCCCAAACCCGUCACUCACAAUCUCGAAGGGAUCGUCUUGAAUCUCCCCUCUCUCCCCAACAAUCUCAUCAUCUCCGCGAAAGAUCUCGAUCUCCGCAAAGAGAAUCCGAAUCCUCCCCCAAAACCCACCACACGGGCUCCCAGCCCCCCUCUGCCUCCGAAGCCCUGGUUGAUUCCCCGAACAAACCCUACAGCCAUCAGCCGGGAGGAAUUCCUCCGUCUCAGCGCGGACGAGGCAGAGCGGGCCUGGGAGGCCCGUGUGGCAUCUCAAACAGCACUUCCAUCAGAUGAGGAAGUUGUAAUGACCGGUGCACUUUUAGUUGAGGGUCUAGAGAACAGGGAGGAGGAUGGUAGCAAAGAUGCUCAUUAG